ACACAAACCCAAGAUGAAAUCGAUAAACUUAAGCGAACCGCUUCCAGCUCCUUUUCAAUUCGAAACUAUUAUCGAUAAAGAAGAUGUGAGACGAUUCUAUCGGAAUUAUUGGCAUUAUUCAGUCUACAUUGCUACCAUCUACCUGAUAACCAUCUACUUUCUUCGAGAAUAUAUGAAGACCAGACCUGCCUUCGAACUCAAACGUGCAUCUUUCGUUUGGAAUGGGAUCCUCGCUCUAUUUAGUAUCAUUUUGACUGUAAGAGUAUUUUCAAUAAUUCUGUUUGCAUUUAGUCAUUACCCGUUUUAUCAUAUCGUUUGUGAUAAGAUGAUUACGGAACAAUCUCCACAGUUCAUAUUUUGGGGUACAUUAUUUCUGUUUUCAAAAGUAUGGGAAUUGGGAGAUACUGUUCUAAUUGUACUGAGAAAAAGAAAUUUGAUGUUUCUGCACUGGUAUCAUCAUGUGGCAACUUUAAUCGGAAUGUGGCACGCUGCAUAUAGGGAAGCAUCUUUCGGAACUUUACUAAGUUAUACAAAUGUUUUCGUGCAUUCGUUUAUGUACAGUUAUUUUACUCUAAAAUCAAUCGAUGUGAAGAUUCCUGUUAAAUUCGCCAUGUUCAUCACGGCCAUUCAAACAUUACAGAUGUUAUUCGGUGUUCUUCUUUCAUUCUGGGUAUAUUGGCUUCACGUAAAUAAUUAUGAAUGUGACACGCCUAAAGAUGUUCUCGAAACCGGUUUCGUGAUAUAUUCAUCAUAUUUAUUCUUAUUUAGUUACCUGUUUUAUAAUUCUUACAUUAAAUCUCGUUCAAAAAAGAAACAUGAAUAAGCAUUAUAAUGUAAUAAUGAUUGAAAAUGAUAUCUUUGUCUCUUUAAAAUGAAAAUGAGUAAAUAAUAUGUACCAAUUGUUUACUUAAAGUUAUUUAA